AUGCCGUUCCCUGAACCGAUACCGUCCUAUUUUGACUUCCAACCUUCGUCAGGACCAUCAUGUCAGUUUCAGUCUGUCGAAGAUGUCAACAAUAUUGUUCAAAUGCUGUUAUGGAAAGUCUCUCAAGAACAUCGGUAUACUGGCCUUGGUUGCAUACAAGAGGAGCUUUUCAGGCAUUAUCCGUCAGCCAUAAAUUUUAUUACAAGCAUUCGAAUGAAUGCAGAUCGUAUACCUCGUCUGGCAGAACACAGAAAGCUAAUUCAAAGGGUUAACACGCUUUUGUGGGCAUAUGCUACUACUCGUAACGUUCUAACUUUGGCGGACAUGGAGCAGCUAAUACAGUUGGAAGCACCAAAUGAUUAUCGACUUCUUGGCCCAAUCGUAAGGUUACCAGCCGCACUAGAAAUACUUCAAGUUAGUGAAUUCGAUCAACGUAUAGUGGCGUGUUUCACAACAGGAUUUGCAAAUCAAGCAGUGAAAAUGUGUACAGAGGAUGUUUUAGAGGAACUAAAAACUUGCAUCUGUAAAAAUCGAUAUCGUUUACCUACAACUGUUAGUCGAGGAUCAGUUGGUUCGUGGUGGAAAUCAGUGUUUACAAAUCAUAUGCUGGGAGUUUUGGAUAAUGUCAGGGUUGUACAACACAGCAAUCAAUAUCAAAAGUUGAAUCAGCUGGCCAAGUAUGGAAUUAGAAUUAAGGGGUUCUCCCAUCUUGUCCAAGAAAUAACAAAUAAUCUAAGACCUGAGAAUUUAAAUAAAGCUGCUAGAUUGGCACAAGAUCAAUUAGAUAAUGAUAUCCGUCAAUUGUAUAAGGACUUUGCUUCCUCCUUGGUGAGUAAAUCAACUCUAAAGUCAUACCGAUCUAUGAAACCAGUCAAUGUUCUUAAACAUUUGGCAACUUGUGCUACACAGCUACACACUGAACUGCAAAAUUGGGCUGAAGAGAGAAGUUUAGUAUGGCCUAAAGGACAUUUAGAUUCGCUACUCGUAUUUGGUGAAUUCAUGCAACGUAUUGCUGCUACUGGGCCUUUUCGUACUCUUGUACAUUUACUCAUACUACUCUUCAAUACGGAAUCAAUGAAUAUCAAGGAAUUAUUGACUCGAGUCGUAUCGUCUGUGCGUAAGGCGGAUCGAGUUUUGGAAUCAUCGUCACAACCAACAGCAGCAGAUAAUACGGAACUUAUUGAUCUGACAGCCAAUUCAGACGAUGAAUUAUGUGAGAUUUCACCAAAACUUGAUGAUGCUAUCACAACUAAGUAUCCCAAAUUGACAGAGAUUGUAGAUAAAUUUAAUGAUUUAUUAAGACAACAACAGCAACACGAAGAAGAAGGUAAUGUUGUGAAUCAAUCCAACAAUUUGUGGUUAUCACUAGCAUCAUUGGAACGUGAAAUUUCUUCACAAGUAGGAAUUGGUCAGAAUUCUCCAUCUUUAUUAAGUCUACUUGCUGAAGCUAUAAAUGACGGUGUGAACAAUGUGAAUUUAUUUCCACUUAAUGUGACUGAUAUCAGAAAAGAUAAAGUACCUGAUGAAAACAGUUACAAUGAAUCAAGUCCAGGCAAAUCUGGUGUUCUACACGAAGAAUCAUCAACAUCAAGAGAUAUAGAUCCUGGAUUAGUAUUUGACUUUGUACAGAAAUUGACAUGUAUCUCUUCGAGAAGUAAAGAGGAAUUGUGUAAACUUGUCUGUGAAAAUUUACGCAUCACUCACUCAUCAAAAUUAGAACAGUUGAUUGAAUCAAUUUUAUCACAAAUUAUGGAUGAUCAUGAAAUCAAUAAAGUACAACCAUUAGUUUAUCAUCAUCAUAUUCAUUUACCUAAUAUUUUAACUACGGAAGAAAUUCAACAAUCUAUGAGUUUACAAUCAUCAUCAUCAUCAGAUAUUAUUUCGCGUUUACUUACUCAACGUGAAUGUGUCUUAAGUUUUCUGUCAGCUUGUCCUUCUUUAAUGGAUUUAGAAGCAUGGUCUCAAUGGUAUCAAGAUUGUCUAUUCUAUGAUCGUUGGGGUAGUCUUGAUUCAUUUCUUAUAGAGGCUGGAGUUGAACAAGUAUGUGACCAAUUCAAUUUACUUGCUAUACGUAUACUUCCAUUUGAUGGUGCUGUUGUUGGUAACAAUAGCCAACUUUUACGAUUAACUGCACAUCCUUCAUCGAAUGAUUUAAAAGAUGCAUUAGAAAAAUGGCGAUACAAUCGUGAUUCUCUUACAAUUCGUCUUGUUGGAGAUUAUCUAAUCGGUUCAGUUAUCAAGGCUAGUAGAUUGACAAUUAGUCAAGCAUGUUCCAUUAUUACGAAUCAAUUCACUACUACUUCUGAGAAUGUCUCAGAUUCAAAUGAAUGGAUUUAUUUUGUAUACAGUUUAUUAAUGAAGUUACCAUACAGUCUAUUAGGUUUGGUAUUCUCUUUAAUUAUUAUUCCAAGUUUAGAAUUAGCAGGAAUUCGAUGUUCUACAUCAUGGCCAUUAGAUAAAUCUGAUAUAUCAUUCAUAAAUAAUAAUAAUAAUAAUAAUAAUUCAUCUAUGAAUUAUAGUCUUUUACAUAUCUUAUUCCAUGAUGAACUCCUUUCAUUGAAUACAUACAUUAAUGAGAAUAAUUCACAAUUAAAUCGAAUUGAUUUAAUCACUGCUAUUGGUAAUAUUGGUUAUCAAUUAAAAUGGCCUGCUUAUAUUAAAUAUUUUGAAGAAAAUCGUUUUCAAUUAAUUGAUAUGUCAACUACAGUUGCUAUGAUGAAUAUUGAUCAAAUGAAAAGCAUUGAUAUGAAUUGUCAAUUAUCCACAAUUACUAUUUUACCUUCAUCUUUAUCUGAGACACAGUUAAUAUCUGAACAUGUUGAUAAUAAUGAAGUAUCGAAUUGUUUAAAAUUAUCAGAGAAUAAUGAAGAUAUUUCAACCAAUGUAUCCAUUCAAAGUAACGAUGCCAAUGCAAACAUCAGUGAUGUUUGCAAAUCUACAAUUCAGUUGGAUAAAAACAUGACAACAGCUGAUUCUAAAAAUUUAUCAUCUGAUCGCCAUCAAUUUAUUGAAGAGAUUAGACGUCGUGAAUUUGGUGUCGGUGUUGAAUUAAGUGAAGAAGCAACUGAUCUAAUUCAGAGAGUUGAAGGGAAAUUAUCACGUAGUCUUGUACAAUUAUCUGAAGAACUCUAUGGUUUACCUGGACAUUUUCUUCUAGAACUAAUACAGAAUGCUGAUGAUAAUACUUAUAGGAUAAAUGAUAUACCUACAUUACAAUUACAAUUAUCCACUAUUUCUACAAUUAAUAAUGAUUGUAAUAGUAAUACUAAUAAUCCAAAAUUCUCUUUACUUGUUAUGAAUAAUGAAUCUGUUGGAUUUACUGAACAUGAUAUGUCUGCGUUAUGUGAUAUUGGUCAAAGUACUAAAGUGACUCAACGUGAUGCAAAAAUAGGACGUAAGGGAAUCGGUUUCAAAUCAGUCUUUAAUAUAACAGAUACACCAGAAGUUCAUUCUAACGGUUUUCAUGUUCGUUUUCAUCGACAAUCGAAAUGUACAAAGUACACUUCACAACAAACGCCGCCAUCAUUAAUACUCAUACCUGAAUGGUGUGAUAAUGAGUUAUUGAUGAGAUCUCAAAAUUAUUCUAAUGAAAUACCAUCAUGGUGUAAAACUUUAUUUAUUCUACCGUUGAAUUCUGAAACAUUAAUUAAUCGUUCAACAAGAAUAGUUCAAUCACCCGCUCUCUAUAUUACUCAACUCAUUCAAACAACACUACAUCCUAGCUUAAUGCUAUUUCUUAGACGUUUGCAAUGUCUUCGAUUCUCUUCUAUGGAAUCAAAUAUUUAUUGGAAUGUAAAACGUACCAUAAAAACAUUAUCAUCAUUCAUAUCAGGAAAAUCUCAAUAUAUUACUGAAAUGAUAACAGUUCAUGAAACUCAAUGUAAUCUAUCAUCAGAUGGUGAAACGAAUACAAUAUAUAAAUGGUUUUGUUUUAAAGAAAUAAUUCCUGUUGAUUAUAAAGAGACAAAUAAAAAUCUUCCAUCACAGACAGAAAUAUCAUUGGCUAUUUCAUUGAAUGAUUCAGAUCUUCUACAACCAUGUCCUAUAUUUUCUUAUUUACCAAUACGUAGUGUUGGAUUCCGAUUUUUUAUAAAUGCUGAUUUCGAUUUAACUUCUUCACGUGAAGAUGUUGAUUCAACAAGUGCUUGGAAUCGUUGGCUUGUAGGCAAAAUACCAAAUAUCUUUUCUGAUAUGAUUGAAUGUAUUGAAAAGUUGCCAGAAUCAUGUUUUACAGUUGACUUGGAUUCAUCUCAGUCAAAUGACAAUUUGGGAUAUACACGUAUUGAAUUGAUUGGACGUAUUAUCUCUUGUCUUCCGUAUAAUUUAUCAUUUUCAUCAUCGACAGCAGCCGGUUGUUUGACAAAUCGUUCUAUCACAUCGUCAUCAUCAUCAUCAAUUGCCACAACGAUAACAAAUGACAACGUGUUCUUCGGUUUACCAAAUCAAUUACGCGCUAAAUUAUCAAAUCUUGCCUGGUUACCAGGUAUUCAACGUACAGUUGAUUGUUUACCGAACAUUGAUUCGUGUAAAUAUGUGAUUGCAUCAAGGUUACUAGUUGUUCCGACAUUAUUAUCCUCAUCCUCGUCUUCAUCAAUGUUGGUUGAGAAAGAAUGUAAUCAUUCUUCAGAAGAGACAAACUCUAGUACCUCAUCCAAUCAUAGUGAACUGAUCCUAUUACGUCUUCUGAUCGAUUAUCUACAAAUAUAUGAACCACAUCCAGAACUGUUAGUAUUUUCAUCUCAUCAUAGACGUUUAUCAUCAAUGGAGCCAGUUGAAGUAGAAGAUACAGUGAAAGAUAUAGCCAAUGAUAAUGAGAUUAUUGAUAAAUAUCAAUCUACAGAUUAUUUAAUAGAUCGAAUUAGAAUAGAUGCAUUGCAUUGGUUGGGUGCUCAAACAAUUUCUAUUGAAUCUCUUUUAAAUUUAGCUGCAAAUUUAAAACCUAAGGAUAUCAAUCGUCCUGGUUUACUUUCAGUACUCAUGUCUAGUUUUGAUGCUUGUUUAACUACAUACAACACACCUUCUAACUGGUCAUCACAAUUAUCAUUAUCAUCUAAACCGUCAAUUGCGGUAUCUAGACGUCGUCUUCUAACAGCUCUACAACAUUUGCCUAUUUUUCCAUUAACUAAUGGACAAUGUAUUCGUUUAAAUGAUAAACAGAAUCAUGUUUGGUCUAAUGAUAUUCAUCCAGUUGUUUUAUUACCUCCUUGUCCAUCAGAAAUCGCUUCCAUGUUGAUUGGAAUCACAUAUGAUGAUUAUAUUCAAUUAAUAGAAAAAUUAGGACCAUUAAUUAAACCAGAUGCUUUUCAAUCGAAUCAAAUCAAUUCUCAUCAAGAUUAUUCUACUUUAUUCACUGAUCCAUCACCAAAUGGAUUAGGUUUACAAAUAGCUUAUCCUUCUAUUGUUCUGACAAAAUGGAUUAUUCCAUAUUUAAAAUUAAACCAAUCUAAUGAUCAUUUUAUGAAUAUAUCACCUAUACAAAUGAAUUGGUAUAUAACUGUGGCACAAUUUUAUACUUCAAUUCAUUUGAAUAACAAUCAUUAUCAUACAGAGAAUAUUAAUGAAUUUUCAAUGAUUCUACCAAUUAUUGUUUCAAAUAAACAUGGAGAAAAUUCUAUUCUACCAGCAUUAUAUUAUUAUUAUGAUAAUGGAUUACAACGUGAUAAACCAAUUAUUUUACCGCCAAUUUCUUUUACAAUAGCUUCAUCAUCAUCAUCAAAUGGUACAAUGGAAUUAUCAUCAUCAUCAUCAUCAUCAUCUUCUUCAUCAUCAUCACAAUCAUCAACAGUAAAUAUGGAUAGAAAUUUUAUGGAACAAUUAGAAGUGGAUUUAUUCAAAUUUUUAAUUGAUCAAUUAAAUGAUACUGAUUGUAUGUAUACUGUGUCGCCAAAAUAUUUUCAAGGUUUUUCAAUAAAUCCACAACAAGCUUCUCGAUGGUAUGAUCUAUUUUCAAAAGCUGGUGUGUGCACUUUAUUGUCUGUUCACAAAAUCAAAUAUUUUUAUCAAGUAUCUGGUACAACUUUAACAUCAAUAACAACUUCUAAACAUGAUGUUUCAUCAUCAAGUAUAUUAAAAGAUGCAAUAUCUUUACCAAUAAAUCAUCGUUUACAAAAGUCAAUUAUUGAAGCAUUACACAAACAAGGUCUAACAUUUUCAAUCAUUAAUACACCAUUAAGUAACAAUAGUACUAUAUAUUUGAUUGAAGAUUAUAUUUCACCUGGUAUUGAUCUACUUCUAACUUGUAUUGCACGACUUCAUGAUAAAUUAAUGGGGAAAGAGAUGGCUGAACGUUUAAGCUGUCUACUACAUGAUAAUUGGUCUUCAUAUAGUCCAGUUCAAUCUGCAUUAUUCACUCGUAUCAAAACUCAAAAUGAUUCAUUGGAUAAAUUGGAUUCAAGCAUAAAUGAUGGUUUACCUACUAAUACUACUAUUACUACUACUAAUGAUACAUUAAAUUAUUUAGAUUAUUCAUCUUGGUUAUAUAAACUACGUGAAACUGCAUGGUUACCAGUUGAAUCAACUACAUUAAUUACAUCCUCCUCCUCCUCCUCAUCAUCAUCAUAUCAACUUAUGUCUCCUAUUGAUUCACGAAUGAUUUAUUCACCUUCAGCAUUUUAUCAAUUACAAUUACAAAAUUCUCAAUUAUUUCAACUUCUUAAAGAUACUUGUUAUAUUUGGUCACCUGGAUCAUAUAUUGUUAAUAAUCCAUUGAAUAGUCAAUUUACAAAAUCUAUUGGUCUUAUUCAUCAACCUGAUCGUUCAACAUUUGAAGCUUUAAUGAAGUGUUUAGGUGAAAAAGUUAGAGACAACUCUAUUGAUUCUGUGAACCUAACACCAGAUCUUAUGUUAUUUAUAUAUCGUACUGCUGUACAAUAUUAUCUUCGUGAUGUUGUUGGUGAUUAUUCACGGACAAUUGAUUCAUGUAUGGAACAUUCAUUAAUUGAUUGGCUUCGGUUGGUAUUUGCAAAUCCUACCUAUCCAUGUAUUUUAGUUCAAUGUCCAAAUACUAUGAUAACGCGAAAACUUAUGCAUAAGCGUCCACGUAGUGAUACUACUACUGUCAAUACUGAUAAUGUUGAUCUCCCUGAAAGCAAUGUUUAUAAAUGUCCUGUUUGUGAGGCGAUGCCUAAAUCAUCAACUUCAAUGAAAACAAUACCAGGGAAACGACGUCCACGGUCAAAUGUUGAUAUAGACAUUAGUGGCGGUAGCAGUGAUGAAGUAGACCAGUCUACACCUGUAUAUCAUUUAGUUGAUAUUGAUGUUGUUUGUUGGGAAUCUGUUGUUAUUGACAAUCAUCUACUCAACUCAAAAUAUUUCAAUGAUAACUGUAGUAGUGAUCUAGGAAAUAACAAUUCUGUGCAUAACACAGAAGAUGAGGAAGAAGAUACUGGUGAAUAUUUCAAUGACCAAUGUAUACUGGUCAACUGUACUAUGUCUGAUGGGAACGAACAACCACUCAUUCCUGUAAAACCUAUAAAUCGACCACGUGUAUUUGUUUUAUCAAAAUGUUAUGGUCCAGAAUCUCGUCAAUUUUUUAUUGAAAAACUUGGUUUACCAUCUACUUCUACAAUUGAUGAAAUUCUUGCUUUACGUCCAAAUCUACCAAUCAUGAAUACUACUACUACUAAUAAUAAUAAUACAGAUCAUAGAACCCAUUCAAUAUAUCAUAAAUCAUUAUAUGAAUUCAAUAGAAAAUUAUCACAUUGGUAUUCAUUAUUAGAUUAUUGUUUAUAUGAAGAAUAUUUCACUGAAUAUCGAUUACGUAAUAGAACUGGAUUCAACAUUGAUCAAAAUAAUAAAUCAAUAAAUGAUCAUAAACAAAAAACUAAUCAAACUAUCAAUAAUUUAGUAAAUAUUAAUAUUGAAUUGAAUAAAAGUACACAAUUAGGAUAUAUUAAACAAUUUCCAAUUCUAUUAGAUUCAUUAGGACAAUGGCAUAAACCAUGUGAUAUUGUUACAUUGACCUCCACUUCGACGAAUGAUGAUAAUGGUGAUAACAAUGAUAACAAUAAUGAUACUAUUAAUCAUCAAAGUAAUAAACUUUAUUUAUUUGCUUGGUCUAAACCUAUACAUGCUCGUUUAAUUCAUGAAAUUAACUGGAAACAAUGGAAUACUAGUAAAAAUAAUGUUGAUGGAAAUAAUAUUUCAUCCGAUCCAAUCAUUCGUAUAAUGGCGCAUAGUUUAAAUUGUCUAAAUGCAAGAUAUACUGGAAAUAGUUUUAAAAUGUCUUCAUUUUCAACAAAAACAGUAUUUACUUCUACUUCUUUUCUGCUGGAUCAGCUUACAUCAUCAUCAUCGUCAUCAGCUGUACAGUAUUAUUGUCGUGAAGGAACUGUACAUGGUCUACUUCUUGAUUUGUUCAGUUUACCGGUUGUUGAUCAUGUCAGUGAAUUGUUCAUCAAACAUCAUCAUCAUCAAGUUAAGACUAUUAAUUAUUAUUCUAAUCCAACUACCAGUUUUCAAACGGAUUCCUUCAUGAUACCAUGUCGUGCAUUAGAUAUGUUUUUAAGAGGUUUAAUGCGUUUAAUUCUAUUAUGGUGGUGUUCAACAAUUCAUUCUUCAUCAAAUACUAUCAGUCAUCAUACUAAUUCAUCAGAGAAUCCAAUCGAUGAAAAUAUAGUGAAUGGAAUUUUGGAAUCAAAAGAGAUUAAUGCUUUUCUGGUUGAUCAUUUACAAAUUGCUUUAUCAUUUAAUAAUACAUCAUUCUAUUCAAAUAUCUUAUUAAAUACUCAUAUAGAUUUAUCAAAACGUUUUAUUGGUUGUUUAUUAAAUGGGAAAUUAUAUCUUGAUAGUACUUUAGGUGCUAAUAUAUUUGCUAAUUUAUCACAAAUACAAUCAAAUGAUAGUACACAAUUAAUUUAUCUACUUUUGGGUUCUAUGAAUGAUCCAUUAUUGAAAUAUUCAAUUGGUUUUGAUUCUAUUGAUAAUUCAUUAUUAUCUCAAAUUAUUGAUUUUAUUUGUCCAUAUGGUGGAUUGAAAAAGAUUAGCUUAACGCAAUUCAUUCAAGGUUUCAUUAAUUUAGCUUUAUCCAUUCAAACUGAUAUAACAGUCUUUAUAAAUCAACCACAUUUAAAUUUAACUUUUCUAAGUCAAUUAGAAAAUUAUCUUGUAUCACAUGGUGUUAAACAACGUAAAGCUAAACAUGAAUUACAAUUGUUAUGCCCUCCAUUACUGCCACCACCAUCGUCAACAUUAACAACAUCAAAAGGAAUGGAAUGUCAUCAAAACAAUCAAACUACUGAUUUAUCUGUUAGUAGUAAUAGUACUAAUAGUAGUGAUAACAUAGUAUUAACUAAUCAGAGUAUUAAUAAUAAUCAACAAUUGAUUUCAGUGAAUUCUUCCGAGGUAAUACCACCGAAAUCAUCAACAUUUACUACUACUAGUACACGAUAUGAUACAACACUUAGUGCUAUGCAAGCUAUUAGUGCUGGUACCAUGCCAUUUAUUCGUCUUUCUAAAGAAACUAGUCAAUCAAUCGAUAAAACUCAUUAUAAAACAACAUUUUGGUUAAAUGAUGAAAAUACUAUGAUUCCAGAUAAUUUAACAACUCGUUUAAAUCGUAUGCUUGCAAAUACUACUGACAAAUCUACUAAUAUUGGUCGUAUGGGUGAAUUAUAUAUUUAUCAUACAUUAAUUAAUUCUAUUCAUCGUACACAAAUUCAUCAUAGUAAUUUUGAUGAAAUUACAAGUUGUGAUUUUCCUACUGGACAUCCUUUACUUGGUAUUGGACGAUUAAUUCGAUGUAAUUGGUGUAAUUCUGAUGUGGAAUCAAUGAAACCAUAUGAUCUUGAGGUGGAUGUUCAAGUUGAAUGUGAUGCAAACAAGUGGGAUAAAUUAAUUGAAAACUUAAAGGAUGAAAUAACUAACAAUAUUGUACGAAUUAUUCGUAGACCAUCACAACAACAAGAUAGUACAUCAUCUGGAACAUCAGGUUUGCUGUCUGUUGGUCCUAUAUUCAUUGAAGUUAAAUCAACAAUGGAUUCGACUAAUCUACAUAAUAAUAAUAAUAAUAAUAGUAGUGAAACAAAUUUAAAUUCAGGAACUGAUCUUUUUGAAUUUUCAUUACCGGAAAUUUUGUGUGCUUCACAACAAAGUUGGCGUUAUCAUUUACUACGUGUAAUAUGGAAAAAUGAUUACAGUCAAGAUUUCUGUCAAAUGCGUAUUGCUUCUGCCCCGAAAGUUAUUCAUAUUCCAGAUUUGUCAAAUGUACUCAAACAGAAAUCAGUGAAUAUACGUUUAUGUUUAGCUUUGUUACGAAGUGAAUGGAUAAAAUGAAUCCCUUGUAAAUCUC